AUGGCGUCAAGAAAGAAACAGCCCGCCUCCAAGAAGAAGGAUGGCAUUCAUUUUGUCAAUGCCAGACCAUCUACCGAGUCCGAACGAUUGAAAGCCCAGCGUACGGUGCGUGCGCAUGUCGGACGAUGGAUUUCAGAUCAAUCAAAGGACCGAUCCGCAGGCGAAUCAUCCAAUUCACCCGCCCGACCUGUCCGCAACGCCACUGCCCCAAUACCUGUCAUUGACCGCGCCGGUCCCGGUACCUCCUCCUUUACCAUCGUUUCGCGUCAUUCAAGCUCCCGUCGUGGGAACAACCGCGGUCAAAGCUUCGCCUUUGUGCACGACUCCCGCUCCAACCAGGCUGCAUACCGAGACUCGCCAUUUUCGCCGUCGCAGGCCAGUGACAGCAGUGAAAGCAGUAGCAGCGACGAUGCGAGUACCGUGACCACGUUCUCCUCGGAGGCCCUCGCUGUCAUCCGGUUCAAUGAGCGCAAUUCUCCUGAGCGGCUUCAACGCAACCUCUCGGGAGUCUUCGACCCGUUCGCCACAUAUCCCGCUCCAAGGAACUUCGAGCCAGAGAUGGUCAAUCUGUCAGAGCGCUAUCUCACAGGUGUUGUGUGGCCGGGACUCGCUCCGCGGCCACGGAAUGUCCGAGCUGCGGCUAAUAAGUGGUUCGAUCUGUCCAUGGGUGACCCGGCUUUGUUUACAGCGUUCAUGUUUGGGGCGUUGUGCCACCUCCGUGUACAAUGGCAGAAUAACUGGGUGCCGGGUACGGUAUUUGGUCAGAGGGAACGUCGCGCGCUGCAGCUGUGUGAAAUGGAAUCGAUCAAGCUGAUCAACCAGGCUGUUCGCGACCCCGAUCGCGUGGUCAGCGACGCUGUUCUCCUCAGUGUUAUCUGCAUGGCUCAUCAUCAGGCGGAGGAGAAAUUGGUACAACAGCACCGCAGAACACCAUUUAAUCCGCCUUUCCCGCGACUACAAUGGAUCGAUGUCUACGGGUGUCUGCCACCAAAUAUGGUUCAUAUCAAAGGAUUGUUGCAGUUGAUCAAACUGCGAGGCGGCUUGGCAAAUAUCCACACAGAUGGUUUGUCCGCGACAAUUUGCUUCUCGGAUAUCAUGAGCUGCAGCGUCUUCUGCAUCCAUCCAUGCUUUGAAUUCUGGCCACUCGCCGAUCACCGAUUAGGCAUGUCCAUCCAAGAAAUGCUCGGCUUCGGUCCAUCCGAUGUCGACCAGGGAUUCGGCCGUUUGCAGGAAAUUGGCGCCACUCGCCAAAUGGCAGAAGCUUUCCAAGCGGUGCACACUUAUCUCGGGAUCAUCAAAGCGAACCCGAAUUCCACACAUGAUGUCUCUUUGCUUGCCGACCAACGCAACCUAACCCAACAUACUAUCCUCAGUCUCUCUCCGGCCUCAGACCUCGACGCCUUCUUCGCUCAUCCCACGCAUGCCGCCACCUAUGAAGCCUGCCGUCUAGCGGCACUAAUCUUCGGGGUCGGCGUCAUCUUCCCCAUCCCCGCACAGAAUACCCCCCUUAAUACUCUGGCGCGCCUUAUGCAAUCGGUCCUCCUCCAACCCAACUCCUCAGACCUAUGGUCUUCACCAUCCACGCGUCUCCCUCUUAUCUGGGCCUUGACCCUCGGCGGUAUCGCAGCGAACGAUGCCCCCGAGCGCGCCUGGUUUGCCUCUGCUCUAGGGGAUAUAACCCGCAGGACUGGUUUGAAUUCAUGGGCCAGCAUCAAAUCUGUCCUCGCGUCCAUGUUAUGGUAUGAUGCUGCCUGCGAUUCUGCUGCAGAGGCUCUCUGGCAGGAGAACGCUAGCAAGUUUAGCUAUGCCAUCCAGUGA